GUUCAUCUGUACGUGAGCCAGUCGGACACUCCAGUGACAGGCUUGCUAUCUGCACCGAGUUGUGCGAUGACGUCCGCCCACCCACACAUCCACUCACAGACGUGGUUGUCCCCACACACAGACAUGGUUGUCCAUCUGUCGGUGUGGCUGGGAGGGUCUUUCCGGCUCACACUGCCUCAGUCAACGUGUCUGCGGGCUGACUGGCUGGUCAGCACGAGGAACCAUCAACUCAUGCAGAAUGAAGCGGGAAGACGCCACUCGAAGAAGAUCAGUCACAAUAUGACGUUUGCCACCUCAGUCAGUGACGGCACUCAACUGAGCCCUCAGCCUCUCACUAUUCAUGGUAGUGAAUGAUGUGCCCCACCUUCUGCUGCAUCUCCCUGAUGUACUCCCCGCCAGUCACCACGGCCACAGUGCUCACCACCAGCCACAACACAAACAGCUGGUUCCCCACACCCUUAGUCAACACCCAGUCGCCCCUCAGCACCUUGCGCCACGCCUCCUGCGCAGCGCCCACGGACCCCUUUGCCCAAUCAGACACCCCUGCGGCCCACUCCCUGGUGGUCCUCCUCAGGUCGAGUGUCCUCCUGAGGUCAGGUCGGCUGUGGACGGACAUCUGGCUGAUGGCCCGUUUCUGGAACCGCUGUCUGCCGCCGAGGCUGUCGAUUGCCUCCUGCAGUGCCGGCAGCCACGGCACCGGGUGCUCGGUCUCGUUCUCGUCGUCUGGGCCGUCGACGUCGCCGGGUGAGGGCGGCUCUCUCGCAGGCUCGGCUGCACCAACACCACACAGAACCACAUGUGACACGGCACAUGAUCAGUUCAAGGUGGUUGUGUGUGUUGGCUGUGUGAUGGUCACUGACUGGAUGUGAAGCUCCACAGGAAGCCGUUGAAGUGGUUGCAGUAGUCGGAGAGCCUCUCCAGGUGCCGCCGCAGCUCGUGCAUCCGCUCGCCAUAGGAGGGGUGCAUCAGCGCCUCCCUGUCCUGCUCAUGCAUGUGGGCUGCGAUGCUAGGCGACCGGUCCUGUCUAUCGUGGCCAGACAGGGGGUGCCAGGGGUCGGUGGUCGCCGCGGCUGCCGCACUGAGGGACGGAGAGGGACAACGGCCGCCGUGGUUGGAAAUGCAGACGUGCCUUCAUCUGGUGCAGUGCGUGUGUUACCCUGGUGCGUCUCUGGUUGUUGCCUUGUGCGCGGCGAGUAUGUUCUCCCAGGGCACCAGACGGGACGGCAGCGACAGCAGCACACUCGUGUAGGCGUACACCACAACAUCCAACGUCAGCGGACUGCUCCCACGCACGCACAAAGGAAGCGGCAUAGCGUCACGUCAAUUGGCAUCCAUAUUCACAUUGUGGCUUACGCAUCUCCGUAGAAGAAGUGUCUGCCUGCAGCUGCAGCAGCGGAUGGGCCCGUUGCCGCAAGUGGCUUUGCCGGGUCGUCGAGGCGGUCCACGAGGGCCUUGCAGACGACGUGCAGCUUGUCCAGCACCUGAAGCAAGCCAUGGUGGACGCAAAACACAUGGUGUGGUGUGGCGUGGUGUGUCGGAUGGAUGCGUCCAGGUACCUGUCUGAGUGAGAGGUGUCCGUGUUUCUGCUGCACUCGGGCCCGCUCGUAUGCGCAGUAGGUGAGAGCGUUGAGGUAGGCCAUCGACGUGAAGUAGAUGGGCCGCAUGAAGCCGCCGUACAAUGGAGGAUACAACCACAGCAGGUACUCCUGACCACAGGCAGAGAGAGGAAGAGACGAUUAUUUAUUUAUUUAUUUAUUCAUUUAUUUAUUUACGUGUGUGUGUGUGUCUGUGUGUGUGUGCUGUGUCGUUGGGUCACCAGGAUAGCAGUGAAUGCUUCAACGACCAUUGAUGUGUACACCACUGCGUCGCUCUGCAGUUCCCGCAGCUUCGAGUCGUCGUCACCCGCCAGCCUCACAAACGCAUCCUUGUCGAUGUCGUGAUGCUGCAAGCGGCAACGAGCGAUAGAACGAUACAUUGCCAUCAGUCAACCACCACGUCUGUGUUUCCGUCAAACCCACCUUUUUGAUUCUCUUGAGCAGGUGGAUGCCUCCCACCUGCACACAAGCUGAUCUGCGCACCCGUAACAAGGCCUUCUCAGCUCACCGGCUCAUGGUUGAUAAAUGCGGCCGGGAAGGGUGUGUGGUCGAGGGCACUGCACGAGGGAUAUCCAUACCGCCGCGCCGUGUUGGCGCUGCGAGAGGCGGUGGGUGCUGCCGGCGAGGUGCCGCUGCUGCACACCCAUCGGACACGCAGACGGCCCAGCACGCAGUAUGUCUUCAGAGCGAUAUAAUCAGCAUUCAGAAACCUGUUGGCAAACACGAAGCACGGGAGCCGAGUCAGGAAAUGCAGCCUUGCUCUUUCUUUCGUGUGUUGUUUGAUUGUUGCCUACACUUCUUCUGGUCCUCCAGUGGCGGUGGCCGGCUCCUCUCUGGCCUCCCUGUCGCCCCUCUGCCGCCUCAUCCAUGAGUCCAGCCAGUGCCCCACCCAUCCCCAGGCGGCACCCAUCCACGGCACUCGGUAUGUCUGGAAGUAGUGGAUGGCCAGCGGCCGGUGGGAGAUGGACCACACCUCACCGCUGUCGAACAGAGGAGGGCUGUGAGCCAUCUUCACUGCUGAGGUGUGUUUUAGCUGAGAUCACUUGGACUGUAUCAGCAUGCCCUUCUCGUCCACACGAAGCUGAAAACAGUCAAAGAUAUCCA